GCGUGAUCCCAACAUUACGAAAGUUUGCACCAGCGAGGAUUUACUCAAACUCCUUGAUUUUACGAAGAAGUGUACCUCCAUUUCUGUUGGAGCUUUGAUGCAGAUUCUGUUACCUGCCAAGACUGCGUUGUGUCGUGUUCAAAGAUGGCAGCUGACACAAGCACCUCAGAAGGUGUCGUACCGGAAGCAGAGUUUUGGGAAGGUGUGGUCAUCUUCACAGGUGCCAUGUGGACAGCUUACAGCAUGGCCCCCAACCUUAUCCUGCCCAUAGUCGUAGUGUUUAUUGGAGCAUUUUCAUUACAGUCAACAUGGUCAAAAUGCUCUGUGGAUCAAACACUUGGAUGGAACCUCAGACCUGCAGCUGGCAGUGGCCUUGUUACAGGAAACAUUCUCAUUCCCAUGGUCCUCGUGGCCAAUAAUCUCCAUGGGAGUAUCAAAGAAAAUGGGGUGAGCGGUAUGUUCUGUGUGUACAGUCUGUGUAUGAGCCAUGCUGCAGUGUGUUUGGUGUGGCUCAGUAAGUCAGACCUGCAUCCAGACAGACCCAGUGUCAGGACCAUGGGCUCCAUAGCCACCACCAUCUCUGUCCUCCUCAUACUACUUCUACAGGAUCUACCAUUAGGGAUAGGAAAUGUCACUGUAGGGAUUGUGGGUGUGGUCCUCUGUCUGUGUGUCCUCCAUGGCCUUCUGACCAGCCUUCCCAGCAGCCUCUCCUUGGGAGAGGCUAUUCUUGUCUCAGAGGGGAUGGCCUUGCUGAUGAUUGACAGCUGUCAGAAUGUUUUCUACAGAAACAGAAGUUUGGAGUGCCAGCUUCUGCAGUCAGUUGUGCUUGGUCUUGCAAUCAUUGGAGCAUUGUCAAACAGGAUGUUUGUGUCAUACGACAGGACAGAAAAACAGAGCAUAGCCUCAUGGAAAGACUCUUUGAGAUUCUACAUCCUGGUACUUUGUGUAGUGGUGUUCAUCUGUGUCCCUCACCUGUGGUGGCUUCUGGGAAGGAUCCCAAUCCUCUGGCUCAUGGGCUUCAUACUGGCUUGUGACAGCAGUAUCUCUCUGAUUGGCUACUGGAGUGUGAUGACAUUGGUUGCCAUAGCAAUGGUUACCAGGCAGAACAGGACCAACCCUGCUGGUGCAGGUUCCACCAUUGUGAGGAAGUAUUUCCAUGUCAUCGCCAUAGCAGUCUUCCUACCUGGACUGAUGCAGAACCCCCAGCUGUUGUACAUAGCAUCUGUAGCAGCUUUGGGAGCCUUUGGUUUGUUGGAAUAUAUGCGGAUGUACAGAAUCCAGCCCUGGGGUGAAUCCCUGCACACAUCCCUGCGUGUGUUUGUUGAUGAGAAGGAUGGAGGGGCGGCCAUACUUACCCACAUCUACCUGCUGCUGGGCUGCUCCCUCCCUCUCUGGCUUUACCCUACUGCAUACACAAUAGGUCCUGAGUUGGCGUUGUACAGUGGUGUCAUCUCCCUGGGAGUCGGGGAUACUGCAGCCUCUGUCAUCGGAUCAAAGCUGGGCAGACACAGAUGGCCAGGUACAAAGAAAACAGUAGAAGGGACCGUAGCUGCUGUGGUGGCACAGCUGGCAGCCUGUGGCACGCUGAGUUUCUUUGGUGUGCAGCCUGGUUUUACUGCCAACUGGAUCCCCAUGGUGACAGUCGUGUGUCUGACGUCGUUAUUGGAAGCCUUCACCUCCCAGGUGGACAACAUGGUGACACCACUCUACAUGUGUGCACUCUUUACCUGUGGGCUGUCAUCAUGAGGUCAACAUAGCCUA